UCCAAAUCCUUACACCUUUUGCCGUCACACGGAAACCCUGCUCAGAGAGAGAGAGAGAGAGAGAGAGAGAGAGUUCUGCUAAGAGAAAAUGAAGUAUAAUCCCCGAGUCUCCUCCUCCCGCCGGAAGAGCCGUAAGGCUCAUUUUACCGCGCCGUCGAGCGUGCGCCGCGUUCUCAUGAGCGCACCUCUCUCUGUGGACCUCCGAUCCAAGUACAACGUCCGCUCCAUGCCGGUCCGAAAGGACGAUGAGGUGCAGGUCGUACGAGGAACCUACAAAGGCCGCGAGGGGAAGGUGGUGCAGGUCUACCGCAGAAAAUGGGUCAUCCACAUCGAGCGCAUAACUCGGGAGAAGGUGAAUGGGUCGACCGUCAAUGUGGGAAUCAAUCCAUCCAAGGUCGUCAUCACCAAGCUCAGGUUGGACAAGGACCGCAAGUCUCUGCUUGAUCGCAAGGCCAAGGGUCGGGCCGCCGCAGACAAGGAUAAGGGUACUAAGUUCACAGCCGAGGAAAUCAUGCAGAGCGUUGAUUAAGUGUUUCUGUUUACCUUGCUUUUUGUUUUCAAUACAAGUUUUUUAAAAUGAGAAGUAUUUUGUUUUAGUCUAAUUUAGAUGGUUUUGUUCGGAGACUUAAUGGAUAUUAUUAUGUUUUUAUUUAAAGUUUUUCGUACUUUUUUAUGCUCCUUAGGGGCUGCCUUGGA